UGGGUGUUGGGCAGUUGAUGACGUGUUUCGCUCGGUGGAGCCCGAACGGAAACGAACGAACGGAGCCGAGAAGAGCCGAAGCGACGGCGGCAGAAGCGGCAGCCACAAAGUCAAAGACAACCGAGAAGUUGGCAGAUAUCUGACCUCCUGCAGACCACUACAUCCGAAGACACCGCAGGGAUGACGGCGCUGACCAGCUGGGAGCUGUGCGUCAAAUACGCCCUCUUCAUCUUCAACUUCAUUUUCUGGCUGGCGGGUACGGCAGUGCUGGCCGUGGGACUCUGGCUGCGUUUUGACUCCAGGACCAAAGGACUGUUUGAAGGAGAGGACUCCCCCACGGUCUUCUUCACUGGGGUGUACAUCCUGAUAGCAGCAGGAGGCCUAAUGAUGGUCGUGGGCUUCUUGGGAUGCUGUGGAGCCAUCAAAGAGUCACCGUGCAUGCUGGGCCUGUUCUUCCUCUUCCUGCUCCUCAUCUUCGCUGUGGAGGUGGCCGCUGGGAUCUGGGGACUCUCCAAUAAGGACAGGGUGGUGGAAGACGUAACCGAGUUUUACAAGCAGACUUACGCCAACUACAGGGACACCAAACAGGAAGCGCUGAAAGAGACACUCCGCCUCAUCCAUUUUGGGCUGGACUGCUGUGGUCCCACAGGGACGGUGAUCGACGGCGCCGAUGAGAUCUGUCCCAAAAAGGAGGGGCUGGAGGUCUUCGUCACCACGAGUUGUCCGUCCGCCAUUGACACGGUUUUCAACAACCGGCUGCACAUAAUUGGUGGAGUUGGAAUCGGCAUUGGAGUCAUCAUGAUCUUUGGGAUGAUCUUCAGCAUGAUGCUCUGCUGCGCCAUCAAGAAGUCCAGGGACUUUGUGUAAACGGGUGUAAAAAUAAAAAAACCCCUCCAUCUUCAAUUGACCUGCCGUCAUUUGUACCACCUGCUUCUUCAGAGUUUAAACCGUUUAACAGUAAUGACCGUUGUGCCUCAGUGCUUGAAUCCAUACAGGAUGGCCAAUGUUGCUUUGUGAGCGUAUGGAGCCUUUAACAUUUUCUCUCUGUAAAGUCUGCGGAGAUUAUAUUUCUGCUUGGACUAACAUGAACAAAAGGAUGUUUUUUCUGUUUUAUUUCGUAUGAAGAGUCAAAUCCGAGCUAGAAAAUAAGAAUAAAGGGAACAUUGAGGACUCUGCUGCCUUCUAGUGGAAGUUCCUAUGGUUUUCCUUUUUCUUUCUCUCUUUUUUUUUUUUUUUUAAAUCUUGACAUGUAGUGAGGUUCACUUCAGUUCUGGUAACAUAAAAUGCACUUCGUUUGUGAGCUGUAGUGUAACAAUUUAUUUGCAGCUAAUUGAAUGUUUUAUUUUGAUGCAUGUUAGAAGCUUUGAUUUUUAUAAAGCAGAACUGCAGAGUUUUAUGCAAAUAUAUUGAUGAAUGCAGUUCAAAUGUCUUUCAGAUACCAAAUAAAUGAAUUAAUAAACAUGGAUUUGUGUUAACUGAACCUUUUUGUUUAAAGUUUUCUUUGUUUUGGUUGCUUUGAUAUGCCCCGCAUCAGUGAAGAAUGAGAUGGCGUAAAUUGUGUUUUUAAAGCCAUAACGAAUCUGGAUAUUUAAAAUAAGCUUAUUUUUCAAAAAAUGUAUUUUCCAAAUUAAACUAUAGUCAAAUGAAGGUAGAAGCCAGACAAGAAUAUUAAAUGUAUAAACCUUAUUUCGG